UUGAAGAUCGUUGGCGGAACAAUCACCUCCGACGGCCCCGCGCGAAACGAAACCGAUGCUGCUCAAAUCCGUCGCAUCCGCCAUUAAUGGCCGCGAGCUCCGAAGAACACUCUCCUCCUCCUCCUCUCCCUUCACGGCGGGGGUGCGGUGCUCUUCUCAUGGCCGCCGCAGAGUCAUCGACGUGGCCGCCAAGGACGGCGAGCUCCGCGUCUUCCUCGUCGCCGGCGAGGUCUCCGGCGACGCCCUCGCCUCCCGCCUCAUGGCCUCCCUCAAGAACGUCUCCCCCGUCCCCGUCCGCUUCGCCGGAGUCGGAGGGUCAUUGAUGCACAAGGAAGGCUUGCAAUCUAUCUUUCCCAUGGAAGAAAUUGCAGUGAUGGGUUUGUGGGAAUUGUUGCCACACCUAAAUAACAUUAGGAUUAAGCUAAAGGAUACUACAGAAUCAGCUAUAUUAUUCCAACCUCAUGUUGUUGUGACAGUUGACUCAAAAGGAUUCUCUUUCCGCUUUUUGAAACUGCUCCAAGGUAGAUACAUACAAAAUACUAACAGUCCUGUACAUGUUCACUAUGUUGCGCCAUCAUUCUGGGCAUGGAAGGGUGGUGAAACUAGGCUUACGCAUCUACGCCACUUCGUGGACCAUAUCUUGUGUAUACUUCCAUUUGAAGAAGAAAUAUGCCGAUUAAAUGGAUUACCAGCUACAUACGUGGGCCAUCCCUUGUUGGAAGAUGUCGUAUUCUCAAGUAAGGAGUUGGAAUCAUCAUUUGAUAAAUGCAAGUUUCAAGGAAAUGUUGAAGCUUUUCGACAGGAAAAUGGAUUAUCCUCAGGACAUGGCUUACCAACUAAGUCUUUCCAUCAAUUGAAACAAAAUUUAUAUUUUACAGAGUCCACAAUCAUUACCUUACUACCUGGAAGCAGGUUACAGGAGGUUACUCGCAUGCUUCCCAUCUUCUUGAAGACAGUGGAAUUCCUAAAAAAUUCAAUCCCUGAGCUCUCAACUAUCAUUCCUGUCGCACCCAACUGCCGUGUGGAGACUUAUAUUAACAACGCUAUUCGGACGUGGCCUCUUCGCGCUAUAUUGAUACCUGGGGAAUCAAUAGAGAAAAAGUAUGAGGCUUUCAGGGCUAGUAGAGCUGCAUUAUGCACUUCUGGUUCAGCUGUUAUGGAGCUUAUGCUGGCAGGACUUCCUAGUGUGGUUGCGUAUCGAGCUCAUUUCAUCACGGAGUGUAUUGUCAAAUUAAGGACGAAGCUAAAUUUUAUUUCGCUUCCCAACAUACUUUUGGAGUCAGCUGUUAUACCAGAAGUGCUUUUUCGUGCUUGCACAUCUGAUAAUCUAGUCAGAAAACUUAGGGAAGUACUCUUCAAUGACGAAGUUCGUCGACUGCAGAUUUCAUCUGCUGAAGAGGUCCUUCAAAUUCUGCACAAUCCGAUCGCGCAGCGCAGCAAUUCAAUACUCGACCAGUUAGGUUUUUCCUCGUAUAAAUGCUGCCCUAGCAUGAUUGCCGCAUCAACGGUGCUUUACGCAGAAAAGCUGCAAAAAAGCCAUGGGUUAGACUCAAAUUUUGCUCCUUAGAUGUUAGAGAAAGAUUAAUCAUGCAAUAGUAUUCUCUUUUUUCCGUCGCAAUUCCUGCAAUAUCUUGGAUUUGCAUCAGAUGCCCAUUUCCUGCAAUAUCUUCAAAUACUUGUUAGUGCAAAAGUUGCAUUUGUGUUACUUGUCUACAACCUCCGAAUCCGAAUAUACUUAAAAUUUUUUAGGUUUGUUUUUCACAAUGGUGCUGUACACAUUGUUUUUAUUUUUGAUUUAAUAGCAGAUAAAUGCUGUUUACUGUAUCCAUUAUUUUCCUUAAUUCUUGUAGUAGUAAGAGUUGUUGCUUGUUUGGAAUUUGACUAUGCUAAAAUAAACUACCAUUCAUUGGUGACUAA